GUCGGGAAGGCGCCCACUUAUGUAUCAAUCGAACAGAACUCUAGACCACGUUGUUAUCUCCUCAAUCAGGUCUUCGUGCAAACGUGCCAGGGCAACAUGACUACUCAAAUGCAGCCUGAGAUUGUAUUAUAUGACUUAGCUUGCACCAAAAACGUCUGUUUCUCUCCCGUUGUCUGGCGUAUUCGCCUGAUGCUCAAUUACAAGCGAAUCCCUUACAGGACUAUCUUUCUCGAGUUUCCGGACAUUGAACCAACGCUAAAAGGGCUAGGGUUGCUUCUCAACGAAAGCGCGGUGGGAUCGAAAUCCAAAUACACAGUUCCUGCCAUCCAUCAUGUGCCGAGCAACACCUACAUCAUGGACUCAAGUCCUAUUGCACAGUUCCUUGAGUCGAAAUAUCCAGACCAGCCGGUACCGCUAACAUCGGAACUGGGCCGUGAAAUCGAGGCCAAGGCACGUGCUGUGGGUGGUACGGCUUUCCGCAAUUCGAUAAUGCCACGCGAGAUACGCAUCCUAUCACCCCGGUCCCAGGAAUACUUUCGGCGUACACGCGAGGCUGCGCUUGGGCAUCCUCUCGAGGACCUGCUUGACCAAGACAAGGAGGAGGAGGCCUGGCAGGCGGUAGACAACGGUAUGCGCGCCGUGAGUGAGUUGAUGCAAACGCACAAAGCCGACGGUCCGUUUGUGCUGGGCUCCCGGCCGAGCUUGACCGACUUCUUCAUCGCGGGAUCCCUACAGUCUGCAAGAAUGGUAGAUGAGGGUGUAUUUCAGAGAAAUAUCAAGUAUCCUGGUUACAAAGACAUGUAUGAAGCAUGUCUGCCUUAUAUGGAAAGGAGCGAUUGAGCGAGUGGAAUGGUAGCACCUUUAUCUUCUUGGCCAAGAUGAUCGUGUGGUAUAAGAGCAGUCGCACCCGGACAGAGUCAUCAUUCAUCGAAAGGUAUGGAAGUUGUAUCAGACAAAGCCAGCUUCGAAAGGCUGCGUCCCUGAGUAAUUGUCCAUAUGUCCUCGAUGUGUCCCCGCCAAAUGACUAACCGCUGUGGGCACGGUUUAAGCUGAGCUGGACUUAUUUAGGUGAAUCUGAGGUGGCUGUCCAGGACCCCAACGAGAUCUGUUCUAGAAGUCGGUCAUCUACACUUCCGAUCCCGAGUCCGAACUCCGUCCCAUCUUUUAAGCAGUUUAAUCUUGACAUGAUUGACGUUGGUGAACAAUGCUCGGAUGCCAUCGAAAGUUUCUGAGAAAGAGUAUGUUGAAUGCG